UACUGUUCUCACAAAUUAAGGAAUAUCAAAGAAAACUUUGAUGAGCUUCUCGACACGACAACGCAUACAAUCAUCACAUUACUUACAUAAAUUUAAAGAAAAAAAGAAACCCCUAAAAAUGCUAUAUAAAUCGUAACGAGUGCAGCAACAACACUCAUGAGGAUUUAAUUGUGAAUUAAAAAAAAAAUGGAGUCUUGGAGGAUUAGUCUAGUGCUGGCAAUAACUUUAAUAAUGGCGACGAUGGUGGCUGCUGCGGAGGAUAAAGCGAAAGACAAGGAAGAAUGUACGCAACAGCUGGUGGGUAUGGCCACGUGUCUUCCUUACGUGCAAGGACAGGCAAAGUCUCCGACGCCGGACUGUUGCUCCGGUCUCAAACAAGUUCUUAAUUCCAACAAGAAAUGUCUUUGUGUCAUCAUCCAAGAUAGGAAUGAUCCUGAUUUGGGUCUCCAGAUCAAUGUCUCUCUCGCUCUCGCUCUUCCUUCUGUUUGUCACUCCACUGCUGACGUCACCAAGUGCCCUGCUUUGCUUCACUUGGAUCCAAAUUCUCCAGAAGCCCAAGUGUUCUAUCAGCUAGCAAACGGUUCAAACAAAACCGGUCCAGCCUCUGGUCCCAGUGGCUCGGCCCCUGAGCCCACCAGCAUGUCUCCGAUUGCAGGAUCUGAUAAUGGUAACAGUAGUGGUCGGACUGCUUCUUUGCCAGGCUCGAACCACGCUCAAAGUUUCUCUAAAAAAUGGCUAGGGCUCGAAGUUGUUGCUCAUUUCUUCGUAAUUUUAUAUAUUACCAUCGUCGUAUGAAAUAAUAAUAAUUUAAAAAGGGUAUGUAACGUUGGUUUAGUAGUGAGAACUCUUCUCAAUUUUUUUUUUGUAUGACUCAAAAUAAGACACUAGCUACAGUUUUUCGAUGUCCCGUGUGCCUUUCAUCAAAUUUUUAUUGAAACCUUUUACAUCAAAAAUAUACUCUAUCUUUUUAUCCAUCAUGUAUUAUUAUAUGGUGGUUUUGCUUACGGUAAUUGCAUACAACG